GUAACGAAGCGUGAAAUGUGGCUGAUUAUAACGUUGAUUGGAAUUAUACUGUCGUUGCUUUAUUAUGGAGCGCGUCAUCGGCACAAUUAUUGGAAUCGUCGUGGAAUUCCGCACGAUGCACCCAGCUUUCCAAAGGGAAACAUUGGGGAUUGGCCAUCGAAGCGGCAAUUGGGCGUUAUCUUCAAGGAUUACUAUAUGAAGUAUAAGAAUGCCGGCAGGCCGUUUGCUGGCUUCUAUUUCUUCUUCACCAAGACAAUUUUGGUAACCGAUAUGGAGCUGGUGAAGCGUGUAUUGAUUAAGGAUUUCAAUAAUUUCGAGAAUCGUGGAAUCUUCUACAAUGAGAUUGAUGAUCCGCUAUCGGCCACAUUGUUCAGCAUUGAGGGUCAGAAGUGGCGACACUUGCGUCAUAAGCUGUCACCAACCUUUACUUCGGGUAAGAUGAAGCACAUGCUGCCCAUUGUUUUAAAAGUGGCUGAGGAAUUGGCCAACGUAUUCAAGGACAAGUUGUCAAAUCCUCAAGAGCUGGAGAUCACCGACUUGGUGGGUCGCUAUACGGCCGAUGUGAUUGGCACAUGUGCCUUCGGUCUGAACUGCAAUAGUCAGAGGGAACCCAAUGCCGAGUUUGUCAGCAUGGGAAAGCGUGCGGUUACCGAGCGACGUUAUUACGGAAUGUUGGAUUUCUUCAUAUUUGGAUUUCCCAAAUUGGCACGUUGGAUGCGUCUUAAGAUUACGGUUGAGGAGGUUGAAGAGUUCUAUUUGCGCAUCAUUAAAGAGACCAUUAGCUAUCGCUUAAAGACGAAGGAGAAUCGUCAUGAUUUCAUGGAUAUGCUCAUCGAAAUGUAUCAGAAGCACCAGGAUGGAAACACCGAAGAGGGUCUAACGUUUGAAGAACUCGCCGGACAGGCCUUUAUUUUCUUCGUAGCCGGCUUUGAAACCAGCUCCACAACCAUGGGCUUUGCCCUUUACGAACUGGCAUUGCAUCAGGAUGUACAGGAUCAACUUAGAGCCGAAAUUAAGGAGGUUCUUAGCAAACACAAUAAUGAAUUCACUUACGAUAAUAUCAAGCAAAUGGUACUUUUGGAGCAAGUCGUUAAUGAAACGCUGCGUAAAUAUCCCGUGUUGCCUCAUCUAACAAGGACAGCCAACUCUGACUAUUCGCCAGAUGAUCCCAAGCAUUAUAUUGAGAAGGGUAGCGUGGUCGUUAUACCAGCUCUUGGUAUUCAUUACGAUCCCGACAUUUAUCCUGAACCAGAAAAGUUCAAGCCAGAGCGUUUCACAGAGGCUGAGAUCUCAGCACGACCCUCAUGCUCCUGGCUGCCCUUCGGCGAUGGUCCUCGCAAUUGUAUUGGCUCACGAUUUGGAAUAAUGCAGACCUGUGUCGGUCUGGCUCAUCUGAUCAAAGACUUGAAGUUCACUGUUUCUCCAACAACUCAAGUUCCGCUUAAAUUUGUCACCAAGAAUAUAUUGUUGUCCGCUGAAAACGGUAUUCAUUUGAAUGUUGAGAAAGUGUAAUUGCAACAGAAUUAUUUGAUAAAAUUCAAUUAAUAAUGAUCUAAGAUAAUGAGCUAUUAAACAUAUGUUUAAACGAAUUGAGCUCUAUCAAUCAUAAUAAUUUUUUAAAUGUGCCUUAAAAAUAACUAAAUAAUGAUUGAUUGACAAAAAUACAAUUAUACACAAUUGACAAUAGUGUAGAAGUGCUGUCUUGAACAUAUUUACUGGAAUAUGUAUAACUCGAUGACAGAUU